AUGUGGCCAACGUCGAAAAGCGACGCUUUGACUGAGUCUCCUCUUCUGAUUAAGCCGUACAUAAAUCAACUAACGAAUUCAGAACUUCAUGCUAUAAUGUGUUCUGGAUUUGCUACUGUAUCCGGAACGGUUUUGGCCGCUUAUAUAAAUUACGGGGCUGAUCCAGCACAUUUAAUCACAGCCUCGGUAAUGGCGGCACCGGCUGCACUUUGUUUUUCAAAAUUAUUCUAUCCCGAGACUGAGAAAAGUGUAACAACCUUUAAGAAUAUAAAGCUCGAAAAAUCACAAGAUAGUAGCGUCCUCGAUGCAGCGACUAAGGGCGCCUUGGCUUGAAUUCCGCUUAUUUUGGGUAUUAUAGCAAAUAUCGUUGCUUUUGUUUCCGCGGUCGCUUUUCUUAAUACCAUUCUAUCCUGGCUGGGUUCCCUCGUUGGAUAUGACUACAUAACUUUUGAGUGGCUGCUAUCGAAAGCAUUUAUGCCACUAAGCUGGUUGAUGGGAGUGCCUUGGGACGAGUGCGAAGACGUUGGUAUGCUCAUAGGCCUUAAAACUGUAGUGAACGAGUUCGUUGCUUACGAAAAGUUGGGGGAAUUUAAAAAUGCUAAUAGACUAAGUCGAAGAACCGAAGCUAUUGCUACCUUCGCUAUUUGUGGCUUCUCGAAUCCAGGCUCGAUCGGUAUUAUGAUCGGUGGUUUGGCUACAAUGGCUCCUGAAAAGCGCGAGCAAAUCGCUAAUUCAGCCAUCAGAGCUUUUGUAGCCGGGAGUAUGGUCUGUUUUCUCACAGCUUGUAUUGCAGGAGUACUUAUGGAUGAAAGAUUUUACGAGCCUGUCUAAAUCGUUACUUAGUAAAAAAGAAUGUUAUGAAAUUAAUUAACUUUUCUUUCAUUCUUACCUCUGCAUGGUAAGGAUAAUAUUAGUAAGACAUAAAGUUCCACAUUACUUAAAGUAUCAUAAUAAGUUUGUACAGCAAAUGUUAUCAAAAAACUUUUUUUUAAUUUUGUGUAACUAUUUUAACAAUUCAUAUUUCAGGAAAAUUUAAAGUUCAAUAUAAUAUUUGCAUGCUUUUCAUCCCUUACAUCACUCUGUACUAUCCAUAAAAAAUCGCAUCAUAAAUUAGAAUUAAAUUUUUUAGCUAUAUUUUUGGUUAAUUAAAUAUCACUAUCAACUUGUUGUCCAUAAUGUAAAAUAGUUAGAAGCUUUCGUUCGAAAUCUUUACAGCAGUGUUUGUUAAAUUUUCAUUAAGCAUUAACAAGUAAUCAAUAACUUUGGAUUUACAAUACCACAUUUUAUGUUUAUAAGACUGAAUGAAUAAAUAAAUUGUUGUUAUAUUGUUUUCUGUGUAUAAAUUAUGUAUAGUUAAAUUCGCUAUUGAUAACACUCAUAAUUGUAGCUUCCAGAGAGCUAUUAAAGGUAUAAAAAAAACUUUUUUUUUGUAUUUUAUGAUGUAACACGAAGAAAAUUUUUUAUUCAGUUAACAUU